GAGGAAACGGCUUUCUGCUGGACUGAAAAGGGAAAAGGGAAAAGGAAAAGUAAUGGGCCGCCGGAUAGUUUUGAAAGAUGACAGCGAAAGGCGAACAGAAACGUGUCAGUUCUACUUUUUUUCAUCAGACUCGGAUACUUAUUUUCUCUAAUGGUACUUAUUUUAGGCUUUAUAAUUGAUUAGUAGGCUAGUAUUAUUUGAAUCAUUAGUAUUAUAAUUAAACGAUCCAUUUCAUAAACCAUUUAUUAAAUAGCCAACUUUUAAUGUGAAAGACAGCAGGAAAAAACAAAGCGUCAAAGCGAGAGUGUGUUCAGGGGGAGGGCUGAGGAGCAGCGUGGGGGUUUCAGAACGCGCGCUUUCCCCGGACGCAGAUGGAGAAUAAACCCAAUGGGAGGAUGGACGCAGUAAGCACUUCUCUCGCCGACUCCACGGAAUCCAGAGACAACACGACCAUCAGUAAACUGAACGACAUGGGAUUCAGCCACGGGAAAUCACCAGCGUCGACCUGCGUGUCCACCGCCGUGCGUCACUUCGGCAACAUCAGCACUCUGUUGCACCAGGGCGCACCGCUUCUGGACCACGACGGUUACAAAGAAUGCCCCCUGGUGGAUCACCCGCUGGCCCUGAAGCAGCACUCCUACGGCCGGGUUGAGGAACACUUGAAGACGGACAACAUGAACAUGUCGUGGGCUGAUUAUGUCAAAGUGCCGAGAGCCAAAGAAUCAACGGUGCAAAGGUUGCAGGCGCAACGCGCGUCGACCGCGACCUGUAAGUUUAUAAAGGACGAGAAAGAGCCGUCGCUCAUCAUGGACCAUCCCGGUGGCCCCGGGUUCGGACUGCCCGCGGAGAUGGCCGCACUAGACGCUUUUUAUGACGUCGAGAAGAAACAGCCGCCGCCGGGUUUCGCGGAUGACGCGUCGAGCUUCACUUCGACGAGUUCCCAGGGGAUAGAGGGGUCCCCAAACUUCCUGGUCGAACUGAACCAGCAGGACCCGCUCGCACCUGUAGUCCUGCCCCAAGUAAGAACUGAGUUGAGGGGUGGGCAGCCCAGCAAGGGCAUCAUGCCCAACUUCGACGCACACAUGACCAACGCACACGCACAUGCACAACAGCAGCAGCACCAUCAUCUGCAGCAGCAGCAGCACCAUCAUCUGCAGCAGCUGAUGGUGUACAAGAAUGAAGUCCCGCGGUGGUCCUUCCCGACUGGGAACGCGGCGGACGCGCAGUUCUGGAGCCAGUCUGCGGGUCUGUCCGACGACCUGUACCCGUAUGGGGCCCAUGGUGCCAGUCCCGCAUCACAGAGGCACUCGCCUUCGUACUCCACCUUUCCCGGCAUGCCACCCCAGAGGCUGUGCAUGAUCUGCGGGGACGAGGCGUCCGGGUGUCAUUACGGGGUUCUAACCUGCGGCAGCUGCAAGGUGUUCUUCAAGCGAGCGGUAGAAGCAGGCCAUCAUAAUUACCUCUGCGCUGGACGGAAUGACUGCAUCGUAGACAAGAUCCGGAGGAAGAACUGCCCCGCGUGUCGCUUGAGGAAGUGCUACCAGGCUGGGAUGAUGCUAGGAGGGAGGAAGUUGAAGCGUUUCGGGGCCCUCAAGGCAAUAGGCAUGUCCCCCGGGAACCUGAUGUUCCAGUCCCACCUGGCGAUGACAGGCGACGGCUCCGCGUCCUGCAUGCCGGGCAUCCGAGAGGUGCAGCUGUCCUCCCAGAUCCUGGCCAUCCUGGAGAACAUCGAGCCGGAGAUGGCGUACUCGGGCUUCGACAACACCCAGCUCGACCUGCCGCAUGUGCUGCUCAACAGCCUCAACCGGCUGUGCGAGAUGCAGCUGCUGUGGAUUGUCAGGUGGUCCAAGUCCCUGCCAGGCUUUCGUAACCUGCACAUCUCGGACCAGAUGACCUUGAUCCAGUACUCCUGGAUGAACCUGAUGGUCUUCUCUCUGGGCUGGAGGUCAUUCAAGAACGUCACCAGUGAAUUCUUAUACUUUGCCCCGGAUCUGAUUCUUAACCAGGACCAGAUGAGGCAGUCCCCCAUCUACGACCUGUGUCUGGCCAUGCAGUUCAUACCCCAGGAGUUUGCCAACCUUCAGGUCACCCGUGAGGAGUUCCUCUGUAUGAAGGCCAUCAUUCUGCUCAACACAGUGCCCCUGGAGGGACUGAAGAGCCAGGCGGCCUUCGACGAGAUGCGUCAGAGCUACAUCCGGGAGCUGACCAAAGCCAUCCACCAGCGGGAGAAGGGCAUGGCUGGGAGCUCCCAGCUGUUCUACCACCUCACCAAGCUGAUGGACUCUAUGCACGAGAUCGUCAAGAAGGUCAACCUGUACUGCCUGAGCACCUACAUCCAGGCGGACGCCAUGAAGGUGGAGUUCCCCGAGAUGAUGUCCGAGGUCAUCUCGUCCCAGCUGCCCAAGGUGCUGGCGGGCAUGGUCAAGCCGCUGCUGUUCCACACCAAGUGAGGUGGGAAAUAAACCAACCUUGCAUAGACACCAUCUUCAUCAGCGGCCCUCGUUGUCGGCUUCGUUAUAACACAAACCUGAAGAAGGCGGUUUUAUUCUUCAUCCCAGAAUUGUGUUACAUUAACUUUACGGAAAUAUCUUUGUAAAAUGUAAAGAUAUAUUUUGCGGGAUCUUUUGAAGCAGAGAAAUGUUUUGACCUUUUUUUAUAUUAUUAUAUUUAAUAUUUUAGGAAAGGGUUAGGGAUGGACAGGGACAGACAUAAAAUUCUUAAUCGACAGGAUUCGGUCAGGACCCUUGAUGGCCCCCAACGAGAAAAAUGUUAAAUGAAGAUUUGCAGGCCAGGCUCUCUGCUGUUCCGAUGAAGGUCAUAGAUCGCCAUAGAUAGACACAGAGAAUAAUUACAUCUAAAUGGUGGAAACAGCGAGAGAAAACAAGAACGAGAGCGAGGAGAAAAAGAAGAGCGAAAGAGAGUGACCAGCGGUUCCUUCCAAGUACAAAAACAGAAAAUUGCCUCACUCCAGGGAACAGCUCCAUGAAACACACUUCAAUAAAAGCCUUUAUUGGUUUCUUAUUAUCAAACAAAAAAAACUCGCCCUUUGAUCCACCCGACAAACACCACCCGCUAUAAGCUUUUUACUGAAGGCUGCUGAUACCAAUUGUUUCAGUGUCAUCGAAUAAUGACGCAGGGAAUUCAUCCUGCGUACCCGCUGCUUAAAGCGUUAAGUGGAUUGGGUUACCAUGUCUUGUCCACCAUCUUUCUCUGGACUCAUUAAAAACGACAGAAACAUGGAGGAUGAGUCACACAGUUACAUUGGUAGGUGUGUUGUUUAAAGGGCAACAAGCCUCUUGAGUGAUUCAAUCACUAAUGUGCUUUUCUCGUUGCGCUAUCCACCGCAUAGUGGCGAGGGAGUAGCAUUCCAGAGUGACAGUUCAUGGCCACACAUCACAUCCUCAUGUAGUCAAACGGAAAAGUACAGCUCGGUCUUGGCCAGCCAUCGUAAAUACCAUGGUGGUGAAUGUUUUGGUUCACCUCCACAAGAACCGCUCUUAAUUUGGAGUCACUGUAAGUGAAAAGAUAUGAGAAGAUACAAAGUUCUUCUUUGUUUGUUUCAGCGGAUGUGUUACCAAGGUGAUAGAUAUUUUUGUAUCCACAUUGGGCUACAGAAAUUGUAAAAGCAGGACAAUAAUUAAAUAAUAAAUCAUCUUUACCAUCAUAUGAUUUGAUAUAUGUCUAACACAUUUGACAUAAGUCCAUAUAAUCAUCUUUAUUAAAACGGUGUACCAUUGAGUACAGUUACAAAACAGCAUUUAAUGUUAAAAAUGUAACAUUUCAUCGUCACUAUUUUAAAAACAAUAGUCUUUAUAAUAGAAAAUAUACAGAAUGUGAAAAUGUAUAGGGAUGCAGAGUGUGAAGAGGUAAAUAUUUUUGAUUAGAUUUUUGAAGCUGAAAUGCACAGUACCAUUGGGUUUACGAUAGAAAGUGCAAAAAGGGAUUUGGAGGGAGAGAUUUAACACACAGGCCAAAUAUAAUUCAACACUAAGGAGAGGACCAAUCUUGCCAUGCUAUUAAAGAUGUAUUGUUAUUUAGAAAUAAAUCGUUUUUUAUCAAAAUAAA